AUGGGCAACGUUGCGCAAGGACCAGACGAGGUCGACAUGGCGGACAUUCCUCCCUCGCAGACGGUGCUGCUCCUGCGUGCGCCGAGGCAGGGCUACCAUCUCGUCGACGAGUAUCCCGUCCCGCGGCUGGCGCACGAGUCGGAAAUCCUGGUCAGAAACAGGGCUAUUGGCCUGAACCCGAUUGACUGGAAGGCACCGGACUUUGGCUUUGGGCUGCCGCAGCUGCCGUAUAUUGCGGGCAGGGAGCUGGCGGGCGUGGUGGCGCAAGUAUCGCCCGGGAACACAAAGUGGAAAGUGGGCGAUAGGGUGGCCGUGAUUUCCACAGACUACCGCGACCCGCGCAAGGCGGCGUACCAGCAGUUCGUCGUGGCCCAGGGGCACACGGUGGUUCGGCUGCCGGCGCACAUAUCCUACGAGCAAGGGUCGGCGUUUGGCGUCGCGUUUGCGGCGGCGUCGCUGGCGCUGGGCGUGUCGCUCGGGGCCGACUUCUCGGCCGUGCUCGACGGGCCGGACCUGUACCGGGCGGUGCGCGGCCUCGCGCCCGGGACGCUGCCGCCGGACGUGGCCGCCGAGUGCCUGGACGGCCUGGAGCCGGACGAGAGGCCCGGGGCCGGCGACUGGCUCGGCGGCUGUAAAUGGGGGCGGUUCGGCGACUUCUGCAAACCUCGCGAUCCAGCUGGCGAGGCUCGUCGGGCUCCGGGUGGCCGUGGUCGUGGACAGCGCCAAACACGGCCUCUGGCUGUCACGCCGAGCCGGCCGAAGCGGCGCCGCGGCCACCUCGUGGGGCUCGCUGGGCUGCCCAAGGGCUACGAGGGCGACGACGUCUUGCUGCACACGCUGCCGAUUAAGCUGUUUCACGAGGUCGAGGCCAUUGGCGACGCGCUCGUUGCCUGGGCGGCCAAUCUGCUGGACAAGAGGCUGCUGGUUCCGCCGGACAUUGUCGACAUUGAGUAUGGGCUGAACAAUGUCAAUGCCGGGCUGGACCGGAUGCGAAAUGGCGAGAUUAGCGGCGGUAAAUUGGUGGUUAAGGUGUAG